CUUUUCUCCUUCACAAAUGUUUUGUAUAAAAUGAAACCAUAAUGAAAAUAAGCACGAUAGAUUUUUGGUGAGUGAGUUCUCGGACCUCAGAUACAAAGGUCCAAACCACGUUAAAAUCAGUUUCCCAUUUAUUUUUUUCAUCGCCUUCUCUGGCACACGGUCCCCCACUUCUGUUCCGGAACAAUCCAGCCACGACGAAAGAAGCUAACGUGGGUGGAUUUCUUUAACUGCACCGAAUCAAGUGAAGAGAAGCGAAAAGGGAGGUUGAAUUCAUAUAAAUAUGGAGAAUUCACACCCUCUUCCCAAGCAAUGAAGUUGAAUUCAACACCAUCAGCAAUGUUCUCGAGAGUCCUAGAGAUCCUCCAAUGGCCGGAAGUAUGGGUCUCUCUGUUCUUGUUCUUCUUCCUCCAUCAUUACCAUAAACAGAGGAACAAGCCCUUACCCACCUGGCCUCUCCUGAACAAUCUUCCUUCCCUGUUGGCCAACUACCACAGACUUCACGAAUGGAUUCACGGUGUCGUUGCCGCCGAAGGAGGCACUCUGAUAUUCCGGGGCCCUGUCUUCACCGACAUGCAUAUCGUCGCCACCAGCGACCCAAGAAACGUAGAGUACAUACUCAAAUCCAACUUUGAGAAUUUCCCCAAGGGGAAAGAGUUCAACGACGCGUUCUUGGAGCUCAUGGGCUCGGGAAUCUUCAACUCAGACGCAGAGUCGUGGCUGGUGCAGAGGAAGAUGGCCAACGCUCAUGUUCAUUCCAAGCUCUUCCGCCAGUUCAUGGCUCGGACGACUCAAGUGAUUGUGGAGUCGCAGCUAAUCCCAAUCCUAAAGCGAUCGGCUCAAUCCGAGCAGCCCAUCGACAUCCAAGAUAUCCUCUUGAGGUUCACUUUUGACGCCACAUGCAAGGCCGUGUUCGGCGAAAGCCCUCGCUGUCUUUCCUUCGACUUCCCCAUCGUGCCGUUUGCGGAAGCCAUUAAUAACGCCAUGGAAUCUAUAGCGUUCCGCUACGUGGUUCCCGCAAGCUGGUGGCGUACGCUUCGCUCGCUGAACCUUUGGAAGGAGAGAAAACUUUCCAGAGCCAUAGUUGUUAUCAACGAAUUCGUCGAACGUCAGAUUAAUCUCCGGAAGAAUCACGGCCUCAGAGGCAACGACCUUCUAUCGAUUUAUGCAGAAAAAUCAGAUGAAGUGACGUUUCUAAGAGACACGGCCGUCAAUUUCCUGAUCGCCGGUCGAGACACCUCCGGAACUGCUCUGAGCUGGUUCUUUUGGAACCUCUCGAAUCAUCCCCAUGUGGAGGCAAAGAUUUUGGAAGAGGUAAGGGACGUGCUGAGGGAGAAGAAGAGGGAGAACCUGAAACCCGAGGAUUUGGACAAGUUGGUCUACCUACACGCAGCACUGAGUGAAAGUUUGAGGCUGUACCCUUCUGUUCCUAUUGGCCAAAAAGGGGUCGUAAAGGAAGCAACACUUCCUAGUGGGACUGUGGUGAAACCAGGAAUGGUAAUUCUUUACUUGAUUUACGCAGUGGGGAGGAUGGAAUGGGUGUGGGGAAAAGAUUGCUUGGAGUUCAAGCCGGAGAGGUGGAUAGACGAGGCCGGAAAACUGAGGUAUGAAAACAACAGCUACAGGUUUCUUGCUUUCAAUGGAGGGCCGAGGACCUGUGUGGGUCGGGACAUAGCUUUUGUGCAGAUGAAGCUUGCUGCUGCCCUGGUUCUGCUCAACUUUACGGUGAGGGUGGAGGAGGGACAAUCUGUUGCCCCACUCACGUCUGUCAUCUUGAACAUGAAGAACGGGCUGAUGGUUAGGGUAAAGGAGAGGCCUAAGAUGCUCUAAAUCAUCUGUCUCUUCUGGCUUAAUUAUCAUAUAUUUCUUUGGAUUAGUUAACUGCAUCUUUUGUGUUUGUU